GCUUUUUAAACCAGGCCCCGCCCCCUCCGGCUUCCUGCUGACAAGAUGGCGGCGGAGAGCAGAACGUUGUCGUACACUGUGUGCAAGUGGAGUUCUUUCUCCUCCAGUUAUUUGCCCGAGAACAUUCUGGUUGAUAAACCAAAUGACCAGUCUUCAAGAUGGUCUUCGGAAAGCAACUAUCCACCUCAGUUUCUGAUAUUGAAGCUGGAAAGACCGGCCAUUGUUCAAAGCAUCACAUUUGGAAAAUAUGAGAAAACACACGUCUGCAAUUUAAAGAAGUUCAAAGUAUUUGGUGGAAUGAAUGAAGACAACAUGACUGAGCUGUUGUCAAGCGGCCUAAAGAAUGAUUACAACAAAGAGACUUUCACACUGAAGCAUAAAAUCGAUGAGCAGAUGUUCCCUUGUCGAUUCAUUAAAAUAGUGCCUCUCUUAUCUUGGGGACCAAGCUUUAAUUUUAGCAUUUGGUAUGUGGAGGUCAAUGGUAUUGAUGAACCUGAUAUGGUGCAGCCUUGUCUCCACUGGUACAGCAAGUACCGUGAACAGGAAGCCAUUCGUCUCUGCCUGAAGCACUUUCGUCAGCACAACUACACAGAAGCUUUUGAGUCACUGCAGAAGAAAACCAAAAUUGCCUUGGAGCAUCCAAUGUUAACAGAUUUGCACGACAAACUGGUGCUGAAAGGAGACUUUGAUGGCAGUGAAGAAUUAAUAGAAAAAGCUGUAAACGAUGGCCUCUUCAGUCAGUACAUCAGCCAGCAGGAAUACAAACCUCAGUGGAAUCAGAUUAUUCCAAAAACCACCAAAGGAGAUGGAGAAGACAGCCGACCAGGAAUGAGAGGAGGACAUCAGAUGGUCAUUGAUGUUCAAUCUGAGACUGUGUAUUUAUUUGGUGGCUGGGAUGGUACGCAGGACCUGGCUGACUUCUGGGCCUACAGUGUCAGAGAAAACCACUGGAUUUGUAUAUCCAGAGAUACAGAGAAAGAGUGUGGACCCAGCGCUCGAUCGUGUCACAAGAUGUGCAUUGAUAGUCAGAGAAGGCAGAUUUACACCUUGGGGCGAUAUCUGGACUCUUCUGUACGCAACAGCAAAUCUCUUAAAAGUGAUUUCUACCGCUAUGAUAUUGACACCAACACAUGGACACUGUUAAGUGAAGACACCUCAGCUGAUGGUGGGCCUAAGCUGGUGUUUGAUCAUCAGAUGUGUAUGGAUUCAGAUAAGCACAUGAUCUACACAUUUGGAGGCCGUAUCUUGACAUGCAAUGGCAAUGUGGAUGAUAGCAGGGCUAGUGAACCACAGUUCAGUGGGCUUUUUGCUUUUGAUUGUCAGUCACAGACGUGGAAACUUCUACGAGAAGACUCCUGUAAUGCUGGACCUGAAGAUGUACAGUCCCGGAUAGGACACUGUAUGCUUUUUCACUCAAAAAAUCGCUGCUUGUAUGUGUUUGGGGGGCAAAGAUCAAAGACCUACUUAAAUGAUUUCUUUAGCUAUGAUGUGGACAGUGAUCACGUGGAAAUUAUAUCUGAUGGCACCAAGAAAGACUCUGGAAUGGUUCCUAUGACCGGCUUCACCCAGAGGGCAACCAUUGAUCCUGAGCUGAACGAAAUCCAUGUAUUGUCAGGUCUCAGCAAAGACAAGGAAAAAAGGGAAGAGAAUGUCAGGAAUUCCUUCUGGAUCUACGACAUUGUUAGGAAUAACUGGUCUUGUGUCUAUAAGAACGAUCAAUCAUCAAAGGAAAACCCAAACAAAAGCCUUCAGGAAGAAGAACCCUGCCCGAGAUUUGCACACCAGCUGGUAUAUGAUGAGAUGCACAAGGUCCAUUAUCUGUUUGGAGGAAACCCAGGAAAGUCCUGCUCUCCGAAGAUGAGGUUGGAUGACUUCUGGUUAUUGAAACUGUGUCGGCCUUCUAAAGAAUACUUACUGCGUCACUGUAAAUAUCUGAUCAGAAAACACAGGUUUGAAGAACGUGCUCAGACAGAGCCUCUUAGUGCACUAAAAUACUUGCAGAAUGAUUUGUCUGUCACUGUGGAUCACUCAGACCCUGAAGAAACUAAAGAGUUUCAGCUUCUUCCAUCUGCACUUUUCAAAUCAAGCAAAGAUCUGACUCCUCUGGGUUUUUCCGAUGUCGAUCACACAUAUGCCCAGAGGACACAGCUCUUUGACACUCUGGUCAAUUUCUUCCCUGAUAGCAUGACCCCUCCCAAAGGCAAUCUGGUUGACCUUAUUACGUUAUGAAGAGCAGAAUGGACUAGAUAAACAGAAUGUCUACACUGAUGAUUUGCUUUUUUUGUUUUGUUUUUUUAAAUUGGCACUGGCGGAGGAUUGAUGGAAUGCAAUAAAUACAUAAGAGGACUUGAUGCAAAUAUGCAAGGCUUGAAGUGGAUUCCCCUUUCUAUAAAAUAUGGCUGAAAGCUUUUGAAAGCUCAUUUCAUUAUGAAAAAAAUAUCCUUUUUGGUUUUUAUUAUUUAACAUGCCAGCGCGUGCCUAGGUGUGUGUUUCGCUUUAGUGAAAAUUUUGCCCUUUUUUUUGGCCCUAAGGGAUAAAAAUGGACCUUGAUUUCUUGUAACUAAAUAUGACAAAAAUGUUACAUUUUUAUCCAGCCAAAGUAUUUUAAAAGGGGGUUCACACGUUGUAAAACAUAUUACGAUUAUUCCUGAGUGACCACAAGAAUUUGGUUGUUCAGAAAGCUUUAAAAGAAGAAAGUAUGGUCUGGGAAAGUUUUAAACAAACCAUCUGUACAGCUACUGUAUUUUCUGUAUAAAGAAUGUGAAAUAUAAAUAUACUUUUUUCAUUAUGAGGUUUAAUAGCCUUUACAUUUGAAUUAAGUCAUGGCUUAAAAGAAUUGGAGGGAUAAACCAAAUGUAAUUAGUUUUAUUUUCUUCUGCUAAUAGCUUAUUUAUUCACAAAAUUUGUCUUUCACGCAUUUUGCACCUACCAUGUUAGUACUUGAUUUAUAGUGGAAAUGGUUGCCAGGUAAUAUGUAAGUGAAGGCCUUUAAUCUGGAAUAAUUUAUGAACUAUUUGUAUAGGUGUCAUAGAAAAUGAGAAGACUUUCCUUUCUCAGCUGAUCGGAAGGUCUACUAGAGUAAAUGUCAGAAACCAAAUCUUAUUGGACAUAUAGAGCAAAUUAGCAUCUAUAAAUUAUUAUAUAUACAGUUUGCUGUAUUAACCACAGUAAAGUUCUGCACUGAUAUAUUGCUGUGAUGCUUCCAUUCCUUUUUGUAAAUGUCCUAUUUUUUUUCAUAGAUUGAAAUGAACUUGCAAAUAUAAUCUUGUAGUUGCCUUUUGUUGUGACUAUUCUUCACAAGUCAAAUGGCAUUAGGUGUGCGCUUUAUUGGAUAUAGGUAAUUAAUAGAUCUCCCCAAUUAGUGCAUAUUUGCCAUUUACAAUUUUGAUGGAGCAAUAUAAUAUAAUGUAGUCAAUCUAACAUAUAUAUUAUGUUUACAUUAUUAAUAAUCUGUGAUUGGGCCCUUUCACACAGUUGGAGUGUUGGCAUUGGACAAAGUAGACUUGUGGGAAUGUUACUGAGAUGCUGAAGGUACUGCAGACUGAGAUCAUAGACACUAAUGUGUGUGUGAAAUGUUUCCCAAAAACUAGACUUGCUUAAAAGAAAUUAUCAGAGUUAAUAUUAGUAUUGAAUAAUGUUACAUCUUAUUAGGUGCAGAAGCACUGAUCUAAAAGUAUAUAUAUACAAAGGAAUCAGUGGAUGGGUGUGAAUUAUAUUAAGUUUCUCCUGUUAAGUGUAGUCAGUCCACGGGUCAUCCAUUACUUAUGGGAUUAUAUCUCCUCCCUAACAGGAAGUGCAAGAGGAUCACCCAAGCAGAGCUGCUAUAUAGCUCCUCCCCUCUACGUCAUAUCCAGUCAUUCUCUUGCACCUAACUAAUAGAUAGGAUGUGUGAGAGGAGUGUGGUUAUUAAAUUUAGUUUUUAUUUCUUCAAUCAAAAGUUUGUUGUUUUAAACAGCACCGGAGUGUGUUGUUUCUUCUCAGGCAGUAUUAGAAGAAGAAUCUACCUGAGUUUGUGUAUGAUCUUAGCGGACGUAACUAAGAUCCAUUUGCUGUUCUCGGCCAUUCUGAGGAGCGAGGUAACUUCAGAACAGGGGACAGCGGGCAGGGUUCACCUGCAAAGAGGUAUGUUGCAGUAUAUUAUUUUCUAAGGAAUGGAAUUGACUGAGAAAAUACUGCUAAUACCAAUAUAAUGUAAGUACAGCCUUAAAUGCAGUAGUAGCAACUGGUAUCAGGCUGUUAUGUAUGUAUGUUGGCACUAAAGUAUUUCUGGGGAAUGGCACUUCACUUAGAAAAUACGGUAUACAUAUAACUUAUAGCCUUUCUGCAGUGAUAGCGACUAGCAACAGGCUUUUAUUAUCAUUUCAUAUAUUUAAAACGUUUACUGGCAGGUUAAUCGUUUUUCUCUCUGAGGUACUUGGUGAAAAAUUUAUGGGCAUUAUUUUCCACUUGGCUGUCGUUUAUUUUGAAUAAAAUCAGUUUACUGAGCUUCCCCACUGCUGUAUUAUGAGUGGGAGGGGCCUAUUUUGGCGCUUUUACUACGCAUUAAAAAUUCAGUCACAGUCUUCCUUAUUCUCCCUGCAUGAUCCAGGACGUCUCUACAGAGCUCAGGGGUCUCCAAAACUAGUUUGAGGGAGGUAAUCACUCACAGCAGACCUGUGAGACUGUGCUUUGACUGUGAUAAAAACUUAUUUAUUUUAUUUGUUAUUCGUUUUUUGGCAUUAAGGGGUUAAUAAUCCAUUUGCUAAUGGGUGCAAUCCUUUGCUAAAUUAAUGCAUUUCAUGUGAAAAAUUGAUUGCUAUAACUAAACCGGUUCAUUGUUAUCUCAAUGUGACAGUUUUUUUUGUGUGCUUCUUAAAGGCACAGUAACGUUUUUUAUAUUGCUUGUAAAUUCAUUUGAAAAGUAUUUUCCAAGCUUGCUAGUCUAAUUGCUAGUUUGUUUAAACAUGUCUGACACAGAGGAAUCUCUUUGUGCAAUAUGUUCAAAGGCCAAUGUGGAGCCCAAUAGAAAUUUAUGUACUAAUUGCAUUGAUGCUACUUUAAAUAAAAGCCAAUCUGUACAUGUUAAGAUAAAUUCACCAGACAACGAGGGGGAAGUUAUGCCGACUAACUUGCCUCACGUGUCAGUACCUGCAUCUCCCGCUCAGGAGGUGCGUGAUAUUGUAACGCCAAGUACAUCAGGGCGGCCAUUACAAAUCACUUUACAAGACAUGGCUAAUGUUAUGACUGAAGUUUUAUCUAAAUUGCCAGAACUUAGGGGUAAACGAGACCACUCUGGGGUGAGAACAGAGUGCGCUGAUAAUGCUAGGGCCAUGUCUGAUACUGCGUCACAAUUUGCAGAACAUGAAGACGGAGAGCUUCAUUCUGUGGGUGACGGAUCUGAUCCAAAUAAACUGGAUUCAGACAUUUCAAAUUUUAAAUUUAAGCUUGAGAACCUCCGUGUAUUACUAGGGGAGGUGUUAGCGGCUCUGAAUGAUUGUAACACGGUUGCAAUCCCAGAGAAAAUAUGUAGGUUGGAUAAAUAUUUUGCGGUACCGACGUGUACUGACGUUUUUCCUAUACCUAAGAGACUUACUGAAAUUGUUAACAAGGAGUGGGAUAGACCCGGUGUGCCUUUCUCACCCCCUCCUAUAUUCAGAAAAAUGCCAUAAGUCCCGUGUGGCGGCGUCUAUUGGAAACAAACGGUCCCUAAGGUGGAGGGAGCAGUUUCUACUUUAGCUAAGCGUACCACUAUACCGGUGGAGGAUAGCUGUGCCUUUUCAGAUCCAAUGGAUAAAAAGUUAGAGGGUUACCUUAAGAAAAUGUUUGUUCAACAAGGUUUUAUAUUGCAACCCCUUGCAUGCAUUGCGCCUGUCACGGCUGCAGCGGCAUUCUGGUUUGAGUCUCUGGAAGAGACCCUUGACACAGCUCCAUUGGAUGAGAUUACACACAAGCUUAAAGCCCUUAAGCUAGCUAAUUCAUUUAUUUCUGAUGCCGUAGUACAUUUAACUAAACUUACGGCUAAGAAUUCCGGAUUCGCCAUUCAGGCGCGCAGAGCGCUGUGGCUUAAAUCCUGGUCAGCUGAUGUGACUUCUAAAUCUAAAUUGCUUAACAUACCUUUCAAGGGGCAGACAUUAUUCGGGCCCGGUUUGAAAGAAAUUAUCGCUGACAUUACGAGAGGUAAGGGCCAUGCCCUGCCUCAAGACAGAGCCAAACCAAGGGCUAGACAGUCUAAUUUUCGUGCCUUUCGUAACUUCAAGGCAGGAGCAGCAUCAACUUCCUCUGCUCCAAAACAGGAAGGAACUGUUGCUCGCUACAGACAGGGCUGGAAACCUAACCAGACCUGGAACAAGGGCAAGCAGGCCAGAAAACCUGCUGCUGCCCCUAAGACAGCAUGAAGUGAGGGCCCCCAAUCCGGAAACGGAUCUAGUAGGGGGCAGACUUUCUCUCUUCGCCCAGGCUUGGGCAAGAGAUGUCCAGGAUCCCUGGGCGUUGGAGAUCAUAUCUCAGGGAUAUCUUCUGGACUUCAAAACUUCUCCUCCAAAAGGGAGAUUUCAUCUUUCAAGGUUGUCAACAAACCAGAUAAAGAAAGAGGCGUUUCUACGCUGUGUACAAGAUCUUUUACUAAUGGGAGUGAUCCACCCGGUUCCGCGGUCGGAACACGGACAAGGGUUUUACUCAAAUCUGUUUGUGGUUCCCAAGAAAGAAGGAACCUUCAGACCAAUAUUGGAUUUAAAGAUCCUAAACAAAUUCCUAAGAGUUCCAUCGUUCAAAAUGGAAACUAUUCGGACAAUCUUACCCAUGAUCCAAAGGGGUCAAUACAUGACCACAGUGGAUUUAAAGGAUGCCUACCUUCACAUACCGAUUCACAAAGAUCAUUACCGGUAUCUAAGGUUUGCCUUCCUAGACAGGCAUUACCAGUUUGUAGCUCUUCCCUUCGGGUUAGCUACUGCUCCAAGAAUCUUUACAAAGGUUCUGGGUUCUCUUCUGGCGGUACUAAGACCGCGAGGAAUAUCGGUAGCUCCGUACCUAGACGACAUUCUGAUACAAGCGUCAAGUUUCCAAACUGCCAAGUCUCAUACAGAGUUAGUACUGGCAUUUCUAAGGUCACAUGGGUGGAAAGUGAACGAAGAAAAGAGUUCUCUAUUGCUACUCACAAAACUCACAAGAGUUCCCUUCUUAGGGACUCUUAUAGAUUCUGUAGAAAUGAGAGAGGUCAGGUUAACAAAACUUCUAAAUGCUUGCCGGGUCCUUCAUUCCAUUCCACACCCGUCAGUGGCUCAAUGCAUGGAGGUAAUCGGCUUAAUGGUAGCGGCAAUGGACAUAGUACCCUUUGCACGCCUGCAUCUCAGACCACUGCAAUUGUGCAUGCUAAGUCAGUGGAAUGGGGAUUACUCAGAUUUGUCCCCUAUGCUGAAUCUGGAUCAAGAGACCAGAGAUUCUCUUCUAUGGUGGCUCUCUCGGCCACAUCUAUCCAAGGGGAUGCCCUUCAGCAGGCCAGAUUGGACGAUUGUAACAACAGACGCCAGCCUGAUAGGUUGGGGCGCUGUCUGGAAUUCCCUGAAGACUCAGGGAUCUUGGACUCAGGAGGAGAGUCUCCUUCCCAUAAAUAUUCUGGAAUUAAGAGCAGUUUUCAAUUCCCUUUUGGCUUGGCCUCAGUUAGCAACUCUGAGGUUCAUCAGGUUUCAGUCGGACAACAUCACGACUGUGGCUUACAUCAACCAUCAGGGAGGGACAAGGAGUUCCCUAGCAAUGAUGGAAGUCUCAAAGAUAAUUCACUGGGCAGAGUCUCACUCUUGCCACCUGUCAGUGAUCCACAUCCCAGGCGUGGAGAACUGGGAAGCGGAUUAUCUAAGUCGCCAGACUUUUCAUCCGGGGGAGUGGGAACUUCAUCCGGAGGUCUUUGCCCAAAUACUUCGGCGUUGGGGCAAACCAGAUCUGGAUCUCAUGGCGUCUCGCCAGAACGCCAAACUUCCUUAUUACGGAUCCAGGUCCAGAGACCCGGGAGCGGUUCUGAUAGAUGCUCUGACAGCACCUUGGGUCUUCAACAUGGCUUGUGUGUUUCCACCCUUCCCGAUGCUUCCUCGAUUGAUUGCCAGGAUCAAACAGGAGAGAGCAUCGGUGAAUAGCGCCUGCGUGGCCACGCAGGACCUGGUAUGCAGAUCUAGUGGACAUGUCGUCCUGUCCACCAUGGUCUCUACCUCUGAGACAGGACCUUCUGGUGCAGGGUCCUUUCAAACAUCCAAAUCUAAUUUCUCUGAGGCUGACUGCAUGGAGAUUGAACGCUUGAUUCUAUCAAAGCGUGGAUUCUCGGAGUCAGUGAUUGAUACCUUGAUACAGGCUAGGAAGCCUGUUACCAGGAAAAUUUACCAUAAAAUAUGGCGCAAAUACUUGCAUUGGUGCGAAUCCAAGAGUUACUCAUGGAGUAAGGUUAGGAUUCCUAGGAUAUUGUCUUUUCUACAAGAAGGUUUAGAAAAGGGUUUAUCCGCUAGUUCGUUAAAGGGACAGAUCUCAGCUUUGUCCAUCCUUUUACACAAACGUCUGUCAGAAGUUCCAGACGUUCAGGCUUUUUGUCAGGCUUUGGCCAGGAUUAAGCCUGUGUUUAAAACUGUUGCUCCACCAUGGAGCUUAAACUUAGUUCUUAACGUUUUACAGGGUGUUCUGUUUGAACCCCUUCAUUCCAUUGAUAUCAAGCUGUUAUCUUGGAAAGUUCUGUUUUUAAUGGCUAUUUCCUCGGCUCGAAGAGUCUCUGAGUUAUCUGCCUUACAUUGUGAUUCUCCUUAUCUGAUUUUCCAUUCAGACAAGGUAGUUCUGCGUACUAAACCUGGGUUCUUACCUAAGGUAGUCACUAACAGGAAUAUCAAUCAAGAGAUUGUUGUUCCUUCAUUGUGCCCUAAUCCUUCCUCAAAGAAGGAACGACUUCUGCACAAUCUGGACGUUGUCCGUGCCCUGAAAUUUUAUUUACAGGCAACUAAAGAUUUUCGACAAACUUCUUCCCUGUUUGUCGUUUAUUCUGGACAGAGGAGAGGUCAAAAGGCUUCGGCUACCUCUCUCUCCUUCUGGCUUCGUAGUAUAAUACGUUUAGCCUAUGAGACUGCUGGACAGCAGCCUCCUGAAAGAAUUACAGCUCAUUCUACCAGAGCUGUGGCUUCCACUUGGGCCUUUAAAAAUGAGGCCUCUGUUGAACAGAUUUGCAAGGCUGCAACUUGGUCUUCACUUCACACUUUUUCCAAAUUUUACAAAUUUGACACUUUUGCUUCUUCGGAGGCUGUUUUUGGGAGAAAGGUUCUUCAGGCAGUGGUUCCUUCCGUAUAAAGAUCCUGCCUGUCCCUCCCGUCAUCCGUGUACUUUUAGCUUUGGUAUUGGUAUCCCAUAAGUAAUGGAUGACCCGUGGACUGACUACACUUAACAGGAGAAAACAUAAUUUAUUCUUACCUGAUAAAUUCCUUUCUCCUGUAGUGUAGUCAGUCCACGGCCCGCCCUGUUUUUUAUGGCAGGUCUAAUUUUUAAAUUAUACUCCAGUCACCACUGCACCCUAUAGUUUCUCCUUUCUUCUGGUUCUUAUAGUUUCUUCCUUUCGUUUGGUUUUCGGUCGAAUAACUGGAUAUGACGUAGAGGGGAGGAGCUAUAUAGCAGCUCUGCUUGGGUGAUCCUCUUGCACUUCCUGUUAGGGAGGAGAUAUAAUCCCAUAAGUAAUGGAUGACCCGUGGACUGACUACACUACAGGAGAAAGGAAUUUAUCAGGUAAGCAUAAAUUUUGUUUUUAUGUGGUAUCAUCUAUCUUAAUAUUUUGCAUUUUGAUUCUUGGUGCUAGAAGGCUUGGAACGUUGUUGUAAGCAACUUGUUAAACCCAGAGACAUCUAGUAGGUUAAUUAAGCUACAGUGAUUCCGAAAAUAAACUAAUAACCAUCUAUUUAUCUUAGCAAGAAAGCACUAUACAGUUUUUAAGAUAAAUGUUUAAUUCAUAGCACUUUAAUUCUUCAACACAAGUCUUCCUAGUUUUCAUAGAGCUGAAAGGUCAAAGCAGAAAAAAGAUGAUCGAGACAUAGAACAGUUUACUUUGCCUUAAUUUUUGUUCAGAUCUUAGCAGAGCAGUUUUGUUUUUAGCUACAUAUAUGUAGUCACUUUUAGCCUCCUUUUUGUGAAAUGUACAUGAUAUGCUUUGUGUUCAGUUGCAGGUAACCUGUUUCAACCAAGUCAUAAUUACAUAGCAUCACUGUGAACUAUCAUAGAUAGUAAUGGUGUUUUUUAAGCUUGUUUGAAUCUUUGCCUUAAUGAACAUCUUCCACUAUGCUGUGAAUGGCUGCGUACCCCAACACCACCAUGUCCAAUGCCCAUUUAUCUUAUUCAGGCACAAGCAUCUUUGUUGUAGUCAUUUAACCAAAUAAGAUAUGGUGCAGGCUUCAUAAAUUUUGCCUAUGUUAGGCCAAAAGGCUGAGUUUUGAAAAAAUAAAUCUUUGCAGUUUAUAAAAUAAAGUGGCAUAGUCUGCUGGUCAUUGGUUCAUAUGUUUGUCAUUUUUUUUAUUUGCAAGGUUGUAUAUGUGCAUCUUAAUAUUUUCCAGAGUUUCAUCGUUCUAGAUAUUCGCUUAGAAUUAGCGACACUACAUUUAACAAAUUCAUGCUAGACUGAUUAUGAAGAUUUAUUUUUUAUCAUUGCUAGAACCCCGGAAAAGUACUGCUUCAGUAUAGAUUUUAAACCAAAAAGUACAUUAAGGCUGAAGUAUAAAGUGGAAUUUUACCAUUGAUUAUUCUUAAUGUGGGCUAGCAAGGUUCUGCUUUGUAUAAGAUUCUAAACCACUAGCCAACAAAUGCAUUUAGUAGCUUAUAACUAUACAAUAGACCUAUUAAUCUGAAAACACUGAUCUCUCUUAAAACUGGCCAAAUUACUACAAUUUUCUAAAGCUAAUAUAGAUUUCGCUGUAAUGAAGAUGUUAAUGUAUACUUUAAUGGACUUAAAAUAGUUCAUAAAUGCUGUAUACUUAAUAGAUUGAUGUGUCUUUACCUUGUGUACAAAACCUGUGUAUUUACAUUUAAAAAUGUCCGAUUUGUUGAUUUUUGUUUUAAUUUAAUUCCCAUUGAUUUAUCUAGAAUCCGGACACUGCAGCCCAAAUAAAGCAGUAAAAAUUACUUGGAAAUCUUCCAACAGGUAGAUUAGAGAUGCCUAAGCUCUGAGCUUUUAAAUUUUAUGUCCUGAAUUUUAGCGAACAUGUUUAUAUUAGGGAGUGUGAUCAGAUGCUGAACAAGUUUUGCUGGAGUGUGGUGCUAGUAUUCACCCCUGGUGAGACUGGAGGAGAACAGAGAACUGCAUGUAAAAAUGUGUAGGGUUAUGCAAUUACAUUUCAUGCAAAAAUGUGAUUUUAUUUGUCACAGAGCACUUUUCCAGGUUUUGUGUUUAUAGUUUAAAAUGAUGCCCCAGCUCUGUAACAAAUGGCUGGUGUUACAUGAGGUUGAUAUUAGUAUUAAAGUGAAAUAACAUAGCCUUGCCUGCUAUUUCCUACCUUUGUAUACAGACUGGUUACUUAAUCCAAGUUGCUGGGCAAUAUUGAUGGGCUAGUGAACUGAUUUAAUAGGUCUUUUGAAAGGCAUUAUUGGCUUUAAACUAGAUCACCACUACUAGAUACUAUCUAUGAAACUUGCAGACUUUCACUACGUAAUAGAAUGUUUUUUUGGAAGUCAACUGCCGGAAAAACCUUAUUGGUAUUUUAUUUUUCAGGUAAUUUAUAUUGAUUUUAAAUCAUUUUUCUGGGAGUGUUGUUCUUUAGUCAUUGUCUCAUGUGAAUUCAACAUUGCCAGAGAGAUCCAUUAUUUGUAUAUGAUCUGAUAAAAUGAUUGGUAUAAAAUUGUUCAUACCAUAAAGGUAUCACCAGCCUGCUGUACUCUUGAUGAUUUCUCCAAUAACAAUAAUUCACAUCAUUGUUCCUUUAAACUUCAUAAUUCGAUCUGAUGCUGCAAAUGUGUACAAUAUGUUUUGCCCAUUUUACUAGACUCAUUCAUCCGGCUUGUUCCAUUCUUCAGAUGUGCAAAAUAAACAAUGUACAUAAUUUUCUUAAA